CAGAAAAAACCCCAAUUGCAUCACAUAUCAUCUCACUUUCUCUGUCUCUCACUUCAUAUAUUUCAUUAAUUUGCACAAUUUAAUUGUGGUGUGGUUGAAGAUGAAGAAGGGCUGUUUUAUUGUUGCGGUUGUUUGUGUGGUGGUGGUGGUGCUUUUGGGUGAAGUGGGUGUCACGAGGGCGGUGACUUGCAGUCCGUUGGAGCUGAGCCCAUGUGUGGCGGCGAUCACGUCGUCGCAGCCGCCGUCGAGCGAGUGUUGCAGUAAGCUGAGGGAGCAGAGGCCUUGCUUCUGUGGAUACCUCAAGGACCCUAACCUCAAGCAGUAUGUCAAUUCCCCCAGUGCCAAAAGGGUUGCUAGCACCUGUGGUGUCCCAACCCCAAGAUGCUAGCUGCCUUAAUUAUAUAUAUUUCUAUAUAUAUAUGCUAUGUAUUUCACUAGCAAUGAUGCACUUAAGCAGUACUUUAAGAGUAGUAAAAUUUAUGGAUCGAGUAAUUUAUAUAUAUAUAUAUGAACUAAGAAUAAUGUUUUGUUAUUUGUAAUCCGUGUUUUCUUGAAAAUGUUCUAUGCUAGCUGUUUUAAUUGUGCUUAAUGAUAUAUAUUUUGGUGUUUCUUUC